AGGCAACAGCAAGAGGAGGAGGAGGGUGCCAGAAUGUCUGGAGACUCAGUGGGGCACCCAGGAGCCGGAGGCGCAGGUGCAGGACUUCUGUCAGGCUGCGAACGCGGCCAUGUCCCGGCUCAAGGAGAACGUGGGUCCCAGUGUCCACCUGAGUCCAGUGAAGGAUGCUGAGAGCCUGGAGGCAGCACAGACACAGCGGGCUGCUCUGCAGCAAGAGAUCCUGGACAACAGCUCCAGCAUCGAGGCUGUGCUCCUGGAAGGGCAGAAGCUGCUGGGCACAGGGGCCCGGGGGAGCCCGCAGGUGGAGGCCAUGCUGCGGGAGCUGGGGGAGCUCUGGGAGGACUUGCAGAGGAAGCACCAGGAGAAUGGAGCUGUGCUGAGGGAAAUUGAUAAGGCCCUGAGGCUGGUGGGGGAGCUGGACCAGGCUGAGCGGUGGCUACAAGCUGUGGCUAAGUCGCUCUCAGAGCCGGCCACCAUGAGAAGCCCCAUGGAGCUGCGCAGGGACCUGGAAGAGACGGGGCAGUUGGAGAGGCAGCUCCUGGUCUGCGGCCUCAGACUCCAGGCUCUGCAGAAGGAGGUGGCAGAUAAGCCUUCCACGGAGCAUGAGACGUCAAGAAAGAUGCGAAGAAAGGUGGAGAUGGUAGAGGAAAAGCUGGCGCGCGUGCAGACAGCCCUGCGGCGCCGCGCCGCGGACCUGCGCGACUCCCUGGUGCUCUCCGAGUUCCUGCAGAAUGUGCAAGAGGAGGAGGAGGCGCGGAGCCGGCACCAAUCCCCUCCGCCAGGGAGUGGGCAGCGUGGCUCGCAGAGGUCUUUGCCUCUGCUCUCAGCCCCAGCGAGGCAGCCGCCAAGCAGCGAGGACAUGAGCAGCCCCUUGGGACAGCUGCAGGAGGCUGUGGAGAUGCUGAACGAUGCGGUGAAGGAGCGAGAGCGUGUCAUUGAGGCAGCGGCGGCGAGGGAGAGCCUGGAGCGCCUGCUGGCAGAGCUGUGCCCACGCCUGGAGGCCACCCGAUGCAGAGCCGAAGCCCUGGCUCGAGACACUGCCCAAGCGGAGAGCAGUUUCACCGUAGUGAAGAGUGAGAAGGACCUCCAGGGGAUGCAGGGCUUGCUGAGCAGGAGCAGGGAGAUGGAGCAUAUUCCUUUCAUCCCCUGCAUCCUGGGGCACGGAGGAGUCCUGCCCGUGAAGGACUGGUGCUUUCUCUGA